AUGCACGAGGAAGCCGGUACGACUGCCACGUCUAUGUCGUCUCCUCGUAAAGUCGGCCACCUCGCCGGGCUCGUUAUGGCAUUGACGGACUGGAAGAUUUGGUGGAUCACUUCGAUUAUGACCCUGGGGCAACUCUCCUUUUCUUUUGUCAUAUUCUUCCCGACAUUGACGAAGACUCUGGGGUACGAUACUACGACGACACUGUUGCUCUGCGCCCCGCCAUGGGUAGUCGCAACAAUUAUCGCAUUCGCCGUCACAAGGCACUCAGAUAUUGUUCACGAACGCUGCUGGCACAGUGUAGCCCCUGCGGCUACGGCCAUGCUGGGGUUUAUAAUAGCAAUGAGUACCAUGAGCACGGCCGCCCGAUACGUUGCAUUGUUUCUCAUGGCCGUCGCGCCUGUAAGCGGCAUGUGCAUCAUGGCGUGGGCAAUGUCAUCCAUCCAACCCGCAAACAAACGUGCAGUCGGAAUAGCGCUCAUAAACGCCCUAUCUCAGCUGGCCCUCGUAGCGGGCCCGUACGCCUGGGAUCAAAGCUGGGGUCCGUCGUACGCUCGGUCCUUCGGGAUUUGUCUGGCUGCGAGCGGGGCGAGUGUGAUCAUGGCCGCGGUCCUGCGACAGCACCUUGCUAGCCUGAACCGGAGGGAAGAGAAAAUGGAACUCGAUCGUGGGCAAGCGCACCCAGGGUUUAGGUACAUGCUGUGA